AUGCUGCUGUCACAUUCAAAUGAGCGAAUAUCUAUAGACGAAAGUAUAAACAAAACAAAAAUGUAUAUAAUAAGUUUACGUGCUGACACAAAUGUAUAUAAUAUACUUUAUUGCCUGUCGUCACUUGUUGAGCGUCACAUACCCGCACACAUACACAACUGGGAAUAGCAGAACAUUUGUUUACAGUCAAAAUCCUGAGCAUGACAUAAGCAACGCAUCUCUACAUCUUGAAUGACUGUACACUGAAACCCUGUUUCAUUCUGCUUAACUAUGGGAAGUGAGACGUAUCGAAAUAUCAUUAGCCUUCGAUUCAGUUGAUUUUCUUACAUAUUUUGUGUCAUUUCGAAUAAAUUCAUUUCAGCCUUGGUGUUGUUAAAUUGAAAAUGUAUUCGCAUGAAAGCGACUCUGAAAGUGAAGAUAUUCCUUUAAAACAGAGGAUAAAACUUGACACCAGUUCAGAAUCUUCACUGUUGAAAAGAUGCGAUUCAAGUGGGCCAAAGGAUAAUCGGGACAAAUUUUGUUGGACUUGCCACAAAAAAAUUGGUGACUACGAAAUGGUUGUGAAAUGUUCCAAUUGUGUUUUAACAUUUCACAACAAUUGCAUGACGGAUAUCAAUCGGGAUAAAGCUGGAUGGAAUUGCCCCGAGUGUCAACUUGCCGCAAAACCAGAAGAUUUUUGGACUAUGGGCGAAUACAGCCUUGAAGACUUGUUCAAACGUGUAUUCGAAAUUUUGGCCAAAGAAAACGGUAGCUUCAACACUCCAGAGGGCUACACUGACAACAAGCUAUUAGUCAAUGCGGUGACAUUUGACGAUAUAGCCAAAAAAAUUGAUCGUGCCGAGUAUAAGAGCACACAAGUAUUCAUGUUAGACUUCAAAUGGAUGCGACACAACUGUGAAAUUUUACACAAAUAUGGUGACGUACGCGAAAAGAAUAGUUUUGCAGAGGUUCGAGACAAUGCCAAAAUGCUACUGACGAAAUGUGUUGAAGAAAUUGACGAGCUGAAGCAGUGUGGCGAUUGUUAUAUGAAUGACGUAAAUGGACAUCAAGCUCUUCGAGUUUGUUCACAUCCACAUCUGGUCGUAUGGGCACAGUUUAGCAAAUAUCCAUACUGGCCUGCCAAACUCUUGCAAAUUGGUAAAGGCAACAAACAGCCGCUCGAAGUGUAUUUUUUUGGCGAUAAUGAGAUUGCAAACGUCGCCUAUGCUAAUUGCUAUCUGUAUUCCAAAGAAGAUCCCAACGAGGACCUACCUGAUCAGUACAAAGAUACCAUCAAGGAAUCUAUGAACGAAGCUGCCAAGUACAUUGCAAGAGUUGAAGAAAAGUUCGGCCCGUUUCAUUUUGCACCGCCGAAAACUAAGCUGUUCCGCGGAAAAGUUGAUAGCGAACAAUACGACCAAGUGAUUCCGGGCUUCCGUAAUCCAGAGCUCAGAUCGCUUCCGCUCCAAAAUCAAUCGCCGGAAGACUCGUCUCACAACAAUAACAAUAACCGUAACGGUAAUAUUAUUGGUGAUAUGGCACAGGAUAUUCAAGAGGAACCGAAAAAUACACCUAAAACAAUAUGCAUCACCAAAACAUUCAUGGAGCAGGUCAAUGUUUUACGUGGAUAUGUGCGUGAAUUGAAAACCGAACAUGUUUCACGACAAGCUCAACUGGCUGAAUUGCAGGCAGAGAAUGCAGCAUUGGCACACGAAAAAGCGAUUGAAAAGCAAUUGAAUGCUAAAAUAAAAGCCGAAUUCGAAGCACAAACCAUUGAACUGUUGAGUCUUCGCAAGGAAAUUGAUGCAUUGAAACAUGACAAGGAAGUGGAACAGUCAGCUCAUGUCAAAUUAAUCGUGGAAUACGAAGCAGAAAAGGGCAAAAAUAUUCAAUUACGCGAUAAAAAUCAGACAUUGGAACAGAAACUGAAGUCAAAAAGUGACAAUGACUUUGAGAAACAGACUCAGCUCAAAUUGAGUCGAUGGUGCGUGGUGUGUUUGGACAAACUUCCAACUAAAAACACAACAAUCUGCUCGGAUUGCAAUCCAAUGGCAGACAAUUCUUAACGAUGAUGACUACAUUUUUCAAUUGUUUCCAUUAGAAAUUAUGUCUCUUUUUCUAUUUCUACCCAAUUUUCUUUUUUAGUUUAAAGAAACCAUGACUUACCAUUUGAUAUAUUCAACUGAUUGAAAAAAAAGCAAAAUAAGCAAGAACAAACAUUGAACCAUUGAAAAAUACUACCUAAAAUUGACAAUUCAACACAAACUUCCUUAUUGUAAUUUCAAAUUAAAAUGAAAAUAUGAAACAUUCGUUUAUUUAAUAAAUACAAUAUACUAUGUACUAGAUACAUACAUAAUUAUGAUAUACACUAUA